AUGUCCCCUGCGACUCUUCUUCGCAAUACUUUGCGAUCCCUCAUCCCUCUUGCGGUAGCUUGUACUUUUUACUUGUAUCUUUAUCCUGUCUUUCUUGGCUGUGCGUUCCCACUCCCACAAACAGAGGACAACGUCGCCGCGUUUCAGGACACGGUGCGACAGCAUGUCCUUUCGAAUUCAAGUACUGCCGCACCGUUCCGGCUUCUCGCACUUGGCGAUCCACAGUUAGAGGGCGAUACGUCCAUCCCAAAUUAUAACCGCGAAUCUUUCCCUCAUUUAACAUGGGCCAUUCGUCACCUUACCUACAAGACUGAUCACCCGUCUCUACGUAAACGCCUGCGACAGGUAGUGCACGAUAUUGUCGAUAUCUUCUUCGACGAUAUUCCCGACACGUUCGAGUCGAUUCGCAAGCGGAUAGACUUGUUUGGAAACGACUUCUAUCUUGCCCACAUCUACCGGACGCUACGAUGGUGGACAAAACCCACACAUGUUACUGUUCUGGGGGACUUGCUGGGAAGCCAAUGGAUCAAGGAGAAAGAGUUCAACCAGAGGAGUUGGAGGUUCUGGAACCGUUCGUUUAAAGGAGGCGAGCGUGUCCCCGAUGAAGUUGCCGCCUAUCCUGCUGAGGAAUAUGAUCUAGCUGGAUUCCUAGGUGUUGAGGAUGAUAACUCUGCGGCCUGGCGCCGCAGAAUUAUCAACGUAGCCGGAAAUCACGAUGUCGGCUACGCCGGCGACCUGACAGUCGAGCGACUGGAGCGAUUCGAACGUGUCUUCGGCAAAGCCGCCUACGAGCUACGAUUCGAGCUACCCAUUACCAACCCAGCAGCCAAUGCGACUAUCUACAACGAAAAGAGUAAUCCCGACUCCGAUCGUUUAGCUCCUGAGCUCCGGAUUCUUAACGUGAAUAACAUGAACCUUGAUACUCCGGCUGCCGACCAGAGCCUCCAGGACAAGACGUAUGCCUUCGUAAACGAUGUCAUUAACACGGCCACUGCGGUCGAGUACCAGGGCCAGUUCACGCUUGUCCUAACACACAUACCGUUGUAUAAGCCCGAGGGUGUCUGUGUUGAUGCCCCUUUCUUCGAUUUCCAUGCUGGUGGCGGCGUUAAGGAGCAGAACCAUCUAUCACCGGAUGCAUCUCGUGGGUUCUUGGAAGGUAUCUUUGGGUUGAAUGGCGAUCCAAGCGCACCAGGGCACGGCACGGGUCGCAGAGGUGUUGUGUUGAAUGGACAUGAUCACGAAGGCUGCGAUACGUACCAUUAUAUCAACCAAACGGAAGAGGGCGAGGAACGUCAAUGGCGGGUUACCCGGUGGCCCGCCGCCAAAGCAGACGAGCUUCCUGGAAAACCCGGAGUUCCAGGUCUAAGAGAAAUCACUGUUCGAAGUAUGAUGGCUAUGUAUGGCGGCAAUGCUGGCUUGCUCAGCGUCUGGUUCGAAGAGGAUACCUGGGAGUGGAAAUACGAGUUCGUCACUUGCGCCCUAGGUCGUCAGUAUUUUUGGUGGUUUGUCCAUGUAUUUGACCUCGUCGUCCUUGUCGCUAUGGUAGUCUACGGCGCCUUGCAGGCAGCAGUAGCAGCUGGUUUUGACAUCGAUAAAUGGCUAGUAGCGAAAACCGAUGCCCCUCCUAUUACAGUCAGCGUUACCGCAAAUGGAAACGGUGUUAAAAGGCCCGUUCCGAUUGGUAACGGCGAAGCUAUGAAAUAG